AUGGCGGAAGAUGACGCGGGCAAGGAGACAGAGGUGGAGAGGCACUUAGCUGAGAUGGCAGAGGCAGCAGAGCAGGGCGGAAGGCUGGACGUGGCGGACGGCCCACAGGCGGACGAGAGUUGCGCGCGCGGUUCUGAUUUGCGCAGCUCGCAGCCGCACGAUACAGAAGCGGCGGACACUGUAGACGCGCGCACUGCUGACGCGCGAUGCUUAGAAGCACAGGACGCUGAAGCGAGCGAUGCUGAGAUGAACGCGAGGGAUGGAGCGGACGUGGUAGCUGGGGACGAGCAGCGAGACGAGCAGCGAGCGUGCGACGAGAACGACACGGACGGAACGAUCAGCCGUCGCACGCGCGCGCGAGUGUCGCUGGCGCAGACCCCGAUAGAAGAGCUCGAGGUGAUGCUCGCGCGGGUGGCGCGAGACGCGGAGGAGGAUGAGGAAGAGGAGGAGUUUUUGUUUCAUGCGGAGGAGGAAGAGGAGGAGUACGAGCGGUUCCUGUCCGCCGUGCUGUUCCCCGACUCGCCUUGCGCUAGUGACCACGAGGGGGAGGAGGGGGAGGGGGAAGGGGAGGGGGAGGGGGAGGGGGAAGGGGAGGGGGAGGGGGAGGGGGAAGGAGAGGAGGGGGAAGAGAGGGGGUAUGAGGGAAGAAGGGAGGGUGGAGAGGAGGAGGUAGAAGAGGAGGGGGAAGGGGAUGAGGAGAGGACUGGAGGAGCAGCAGGGGCAAGCAUGGGAGGGGGGGAUAACACAGGGGAUGCUGUUCAUGGAGGAGAGGAGAACGGGGACAAAGGGGAGGGGGAGGAUGAAGAGGACGAGGAGGAUAUGGACUUCAAUAUCGACGAUCUGCUGCUGCUGGAGGGCGAUGAUCUGCUAAUGGACGGUGAGGAUGAGCUGCUGGAUCUGCAGGACUUCGUUGUGGACGAGGAUGAUCUGGAUGGAGGGCUUCUAGCGGGGCUGGAGGAUGAGCUUAUAGCGGAGAUGCAGGCUCAGACGGAUGCAGAGGCAGCUGCUGAGGCAGCCGCGAGGGCAGAGGAGGAGAAGGGCGAGGAGGAGGGGGGGAGCGAGGGAGAGGGGAAGGGGAGGAGUAAGAGGCGUAAAUGCAGCCGUGGGGAGGGGAAGGGGGGCUAUUGGGGGGCGUGGGGUGGAGAGAUGGGGGGCUUGCAGGAGGGGGAGGGGAGGGAGGUAAGGGAGGGAGGGGAGGGAGAGGAGGCGGCGCAUGAAGCAGCGGCAGACGGGCACGAGGGCGCUGCCUCUCGCCUCCACCAGCCGCCCUCCGCUGCUCCUGCUGUUCCUGAGAGUAACGCGCACGAGCCAGCCAAUGAGCAGCUGCCACCUGUCCAGGGUGUGGGCGAGCGGGGAAAGGGAGGGGCGGUGGAAAUGCACAGCGAGGGGGUGGGAGUGGGAGUGGGGGUGCGGAGGUCAAAACGGACCACUGCUGGGGUGUCGAGGAGGAGAGGCAAGGGGAGGGAGGCAGCGAGGAAGGGCAGGAAUGGAGAGGGGGAGGAGGAGGGGGAGGUGGAGGCGGGAGGAUCCAAGAGGAGACGGAAGGCUAAGAAGGGACGAGGCGAGGCAGUGAAAGGAGGGGGUGGGGUGAUGGGGGAUGGACGAGGGGCGAGGGAAGAGACGGCAGCAUGCAGAGGUGGCCGCGACAGUUCAGAAGCAGGAGGCGGCAAUGAGGGUGUGUCUCCCGCCGCUGCUGAUCCACAUGCCUUGGUUUCUUCUGCUCAUGGCUCGGAUGGUGCUGAUGGUGCUGCGCAUGUGCCCCCCCCUCGCCUACUCCCCAUCGCCCCGCUCCCCACCGCGCGCCCGUUUGUACCACUCCCCCUGCCGGCACACGGCACAUACCCCUUCCAUAUUCGCCCCGUUGCAUGCCUCGCUCCUGUCCCCAUCCCCCCCGCGUUCGCGCCACAUCAGCGCGCCCAGCUGGCGGCGCUGCUGGCGUGUCACGUGCAGCUGGCAGUGCAGGUGUACGCGGCGUGUGUGCUGGACCCCUCUCGCUGCCAGGUGGCAACGGUGCUCAGGGGCUUGCUGGCUCAGCUGGCGCAGUGGGGGGGAGGUGCUACUGGGGAAGGUGGUAUUGCUGGGGUAGGUGGCAUUCGGUCAGGAGAUGCGAGAGGAGUGUCGAACAAUGUAUUAGCUGCUGAUGCUCCAGGGGUUGAGGCAUCACCCUCGCCUCCCUUGCAGCCUUGGUGCUCUCCACCCAUCCCUCCCGCUCCUCGCUCUUCUCUCUCAUCUCCUGUGACCUGCCUGGAAGCUCAUGGCUCUGCCGCUGCCAUAGCUCCCACUGCUACCGCCACUGCUGCUGCUGCCACUGCCACUGCCACUGCCACUGCCACUGCCACUGCCACUGCCACUGCCACUGCUGCAAGCAGCCACGGAGCAGCAAGGCCAGCAGCGCGGCUGGCAGAUUCGAUCCCCAGCCUGGCUCUUCUUCCUUCGUUCCUGCUCGCCAUCGACAAAGAAGCGACAGCAGCAGCAGAAGCAGCAGCAGCAGAAAGAACACAGGUGGAGGAAUCAGAAAGGGUGAUGGCAGGCAGUGAUGCUGCUAUCCGAUCUGCUCCAGCAGCACUCCGUGCCAGUCCACACGUACUUGCAUCCGACAGACGAGGGAGUGAGGGGCGCAGGGCGUGUCGUGGGGGGCAAGUUGAAAGAAGCGGUGGUGAAGGAGGAGGGGAUGGGGGAGAGGAGACACUCGGGGAAGGAGUUGUAGAGGAGCUGUUGAGGAGAGGGGGGAGUGGGGGUGACGUGGGAAAUGGUAGGAAUGGUGGAGCAGAGCCGAUGGAAAGGAGUGAAGGACGGGGAAGAGGUGAGAGUGGUGGGAAAGAGUUGAAAGGGGUGGGGGAGGGGAGGGAGGUGGGGAAGGAGAGAGAGGUGCGGGAGUGGAUGGAGGCACAGGGCAUGUCAAACGAGAGGGUGGAGGGGGGAGAUGGGGAGAGGACAGAAAGGGUGGAAUUAGAGGAUGGCGAGAGGGAGGUGCGGCGUCAGCGAGAUGCAGUGGGUGGUGAUAGUGAUGGUGCUGUGCAGCGGCAGCGAGAUGACAAGGCAACAGCAGCAACAGGAGCAACAGGAGCAACAGGAGCAACAGGAGCAGCAACAGCAGCAGCAGCAGCAGCAGCAGCAGCAGCAGCAGCAGCAGCAGCAGCAGCAGCGGGUGGGAGGGAGGAAGAGGAAGAGGAAGAGGAGGCGCAGGCCCCUCGCUUGCAACCCUCCCAGAGCGUUGCUUGUGGGCGCGGAGUGGAGAAGGAGGGCGAGCAGGGGCGAGGAGGGCAGGACGAGAAGGAAGGGGAAGAUGAAGGAGAGGAAGGCGGACGGGAGGAGGUGGAGGAAACGGCGGUGUGGAGGGAGGCAGAGGAGGAGGAGGGGCGGAGGGCGGGGGUGGGCGAGGUGGUGCGGGUGCCAGGCGAGGUGGCGGCAGCACUGCAGCCGCUGGCAGGCGUGUUUGAUGCGUCGCUCUUCCCCGUGGUGCGCCCGCCCCUGCUGCACCGCACCAUCUUCUCCCCCGCUGAGGACUGCCUGCUGGCGAUGGGCGUGGAGCAUCUGGGCACGGACUGGGAGGCCAUUCACCGCCGCUUCCUGCCCGGCAAGACUCCGCACCAGAUCUCCAUCCGGUGGAAGAACCGGUGCUCCUCACGCGUGCCGGACAACCCCAUUAAGCAAGUGUGGCGGCGCAAGACUGCUCCCCUGACUGACCACGAGGUCGACCAAAUACAAACGGCACUGAACGCAUGGAAGCUGGACUGGCACGCCAUGAGCCGCGCUGUGAUGCCCCACCGCGACCCCACACAGCUGCGCCGCCUCUUCUCCGAUGCUCUUGCUGCCCGCCGCCUCGCGCUUAGGCAGCAGCAACGAGAGCAGGAGGAGCAAAUGCAGAGAGAAGAGCAGAUGGAGAGAGAAAGGGAGUGGAUGGAGAGUCAACAGUUGCUGCAGAGAGAGCGAGAAUUGCAGAGAGAGCAAGAAUUGCAGAGAGAGCGAGAAUUGCAGAGAGAGCAAGCAGUGCAAAGAGAGCAAGAGGAGCAAAGAGAGCAAGACAGGCAGAGAGAACAAGAAGUGCAAAGAGAGCAUGAGUUGCAGGAGGAACAGAGGCGGGUGAAUGAGGAGAUUAGGGAGGAGGAGCAGAGGCAACUGGAGGGGGUUGGUCGGUUCUCAGGUGAAGGGCAUGGAGGUGACGAGAGAGGGGGCGAGAAGGGCGAGGGGGUGGCGAGUAUGGGGAGGAGCAGAGGGCAGGAGCAUGAGGAAGCAGGAGGAGAGCAGAAUGCAGGCAAAUGGUGUGAGGAGGUUCAUGCCAGGGAGCAGGCAGCAUGGCAGCAUGGCCCACGUGGCGACACAAGAGCUGACGUGGCGGUCAGUGGUGCCACGUCAGCUGUCAUCAUACCAAAUACUACCACCACACCAGAUGAUCCCACACCAGAUGAAAUCGCAGCACACAGGAACAGAAGCAGCAGCAUAGGUGGCGGCACAGGUGGCGGCACAGGUGGCAGCACAGGUGGCAGCAGAAAAGGCGCUGCAGCAUGCCACGUGGCAUUCCAACAGCUCUUUCCCAACCGCCUGCAUCUGCUGCAGCCGGCCUUGCAGUCGCGCCCUCCCCAGGUGCCACCUGCCCGCCCUGACACUGUAGCGAAUGUGGGAUCGGUGCUGAGUCAGCCGCACCUGAUGCUGACGCAGCGAGCUUCAGAAGGAGGGAGGAUGGAAGGGCCAAGACCGGCCAAUGGGGAGGUGGCAUCCGGGGAAAGUGUAUGUGGUGGGGAAGAGGAGAGGGAAAGAGAGGUGAGUGGAGAAGAGGUGAGCGGAAGAGGAGCAUCUGUGGCGGAGGGUGAGAAAGGGGCUAUAGGAGGGGCUAGCAUGCUUCUGAGAUGGUCCCUGCUGCAACCGACAGUGCCACAGCCAGCAGUGGUACAAGCAAGGCCCUUGCAGCCAAUCUCUGAGGGUGCAGGAAGAGAGGGGCAGAGAGAAGAGGAGGCGGUGCAGGAGGAGCAAGGAGGGGCUGAGAACGAGGUGGAAGCAGACGCGGGAGGAGGGGAGCCACAGCAGCAGCUAAUGCAGCAGCAGCAGCAGCAGCAGCAGCAUUCACAGCAGCAGCAGCCGUUUGUUCAGUUUCGCGAGCUGCUGCUGCGGGAAGUUGUGAUGGGGACGAGUGGGGCUGGGCUCAUGGAGCCUGCUGUGACUCUGUCCAAUGUGACUGUAGCCAAUGUGACUGUAGCCAAGGUGACUGCAUUGCCCGAGGCAGCAGCACCCGUGGGAGGAGGGAGGGCAGCAAGAGACACGGGUGCAGCGGGGUCGACCGCCCAUCAGGCAUGCCUCUCUCCCAUUGCCCACCGCCCUCCAUCACUUCCCUCCCGUGCUUCCCUCUCACCAUCGCCUACAUCACCUCUUUCCUCCUGCCCCUGCCCACCAUCCCCUCCCUCCUCUGCGUCUUCUCUGCCCUCCCAUCCCGCUCCAUCCCCACCACACUCUCCUCCUCCACCUCAACCUCCCUCACCUCCCCCUCCCUUACCUCCCCCUCCCUCACCUCCCCCUCCCUUACCUCCCCCUCCCUCACCUCUCCCUCCCACUCCUCCCGCAUCUGCCUCAGACGAUCCGCCCCCCACCAUCUUCAUCCGGGCAGCCUUUCUCUCCUCGCAACCUCUCUCGUCACAGCCCCUCCCUGCUCAACUCCCUCCCCCUUCCACCUCACCACCACCACUACCAUCACCUCCUCUUCUUCCUGUUCUCCUCUCUCCUACCAACUCAAAUCCACCUCCCCCAGGUGAACCUUCCACUCGCCCAUCGCAGUCAGCCCCUCCCUCAGAUGCACCUCUUCUGGCUGGUCCUGGCCUUCCUCCCUCUGCACUGCUCGCAGCCCUCUCUCUCCCGCUUUCUACCACCUCUGUCCCUGCACAGCCAAUGCCCGCCCUGCCCACAGCUGCAGCAAUGGACGUGCCUGCAGCAGCACUAGCGCCACCACCACUACUACUGCCAGUGGCAGCAACUGUGGCAUCAGCAGCAGCAGCAGCAGCACCACCACCACCACCAGCGUCAGCAGCAGUGCCAUCAGCAGCAGCAGCAGCAGCAGCAGCAGCAGCAGCAGCAGCAGCAGUGGUUCGUGCUGGGCCUGUGGCCCGCACACCAGUGAUUCGUGAGGGGGAAAGAGCUCGUGUAUCUCCCCCUGCUGCUGCAGCAGCAGCGGACAGCAGAUCAGCGGACAGCAGAUCAGCGGACAGCAGAUCAGCGGGCAACAGAACCGGAGGGGUGACGGUUCAGGCACACGAGAAGCGGGCAGCGAGCAGAGGAGCAAGAGCGGCAACGAGGGAGGCUGUGAGUGCAUGUGGAGGUGCAUCCAAGGCAGGUGAUGCGCUCACAAGGACCUGUGCUGCUCACAGCACAGGCCCUUCCAACCUCUCACCUACUCUCACUCCCCUCACUCCACCAUUCCCCCAUCUGCAUCUUCUCACUCCCCCUUACGUCCCACCCCUUCCUUCCCCACGCACCCCCAUCCUACACUCCCCCUGCCCCGGUCUGCCUUCCAUACCCCAUCCAAACCCGCCCUUCCCACCGCCUUCCUCCCAACCACCCCUUUCUCUUUCCCUCACUCCACGCCUUCUCUCUCCCCAUCCACUGCCCCUCGCUCCACUCCACCCCUCAAACCCACACCCUGGCCCAGACCCCACUUGCCAUCCCCACCACAACCAGCACAACCAUCACAGCCAUCACAACCAUCACAAUCACCACAACAACCCUUGCAACCUCCUUCCAGGUGCUGCGUUGGGGAAUGCUGUAGCAGGGAGCGUUGUAGCAGGGAGCGUUGUAGCAGGGAGCGUUGUAGCAGGGAGCGUUGUAGCAGGGAGCGGUGUAGCAGGGAGCGGUGUAGCAGGGGGUGCUAUAGGUGCCACAGCCCUCUCUACCUCCUCCUCACGCACUCAACCAAUGCCACAGCUGAGCUACAGCCUCACCCACAGUCCAAACCAACGCUCUUGGCUUGGUUUGUCCAAGGCAGGCAGCGGCGGAGGCUCGGCACAGGUGGUUCGGCCUCGCCCCAUGCUGCCUGUGCCUGGCCAGCCCGCUAACUCUACUCCCAAUGACACCCUUCCCUCUGGCUCCGCCCCCACCGACCCCAUUCACCACCGUCCAUCCAUCCGAGCCGCCUUCCUUGCUGGCCGGCCUCCCGCCAUGUCCCCUGUUCCCUCGGCAUCGACUCCUGCUGCUGCGCCUGCAUCUGCUGCUCCUGCCUCUGCUGCUGCUACUACAGCCAGCACGGAACGUGCAACGAGAUCGCAUGUUGCAGCACCGGCUGCCUCAGCCAAGGGAGCCUUACUUGGCGCUGUACAGCAAGGGAAGAUGGGCAUGAGAGGCGCUUUCACAGCCGCUCCAGCUGGGGAAUCAGAGCAACGAGAGUCAAGGAGAUGGGUCCCUGGGAGCACGGGUAGCAACAACCACAUGUCCUGCUCGGGCUCUGCGGAGGAUCCACCAGUGCCCUCGUCGCUUUCACUCUCGCUGUCCCUCUCCCCGCCUUGCCCCCGUUCUGCCCAACCUCCGCGUGCUGUCGUGCCCUCCACAAUCCAAUAA